AUGUACAGGAAAGGGGCACAGGAGGAGCGCAGUCACUGGCUAAGACAGAAACCGACGGUGCUCAGUUCUGGAGAUAAGGGACGAGGGACAAGAUCUAGAGGUGCAAAGGCCAGCGAAGGUCUGCGACGCCAGAACGGAGUGGAAAUGCGUGUUGGGAUCAACGAGGGACGAGACGGCGAGAGGCGGAACAUGACUGAAGACGAGCUGUCCGUGGACGAUUAUAAGCCAGGUUCUAGACAAGGGGAGGGUUCGAGAGAUCAGAGGAAGCUCGUCAGGCCUGUUUUGACAAGGAUUUGUAAUAUCGCGAAAGGGAGCAAGGAGCCACACGUGCAGAGUAACGCGUUUGGACGUGGCCUGGUCAUGCCGGGGUCGAAGGCUGUCGAAGGGCUAAUAUACGAAGCUUAG